AUGAAACAAUUCUGUCGUCCAACUUCCAGUAGCUUCUUAGAACCCCUUUUAGGACCAUCCCCAGAAAAUGUUGCUGUUGACCUUGAUGAAGAUAUAGAUGUGCAAACAGAGAGAAAUAGGGUAUUAUCAGGUUCAACUGAUAAUGCCAUUAUCUACCUGCGUAACCUUCGGAAGGUAUAUCCUGGAGCGAAGCACCAGGCUGCAAAAGUUGCUGUCGACUCAUUGACUUUCUCAGUUCAAGAAGGAGAAUGUUUUGGUUUUUUAGGGACAAAUGGAGCAGGGAAGACUACAACUCUGUCAAUGCUAUCUGGUAAUAGCAAUUCUGCACCCUGA